AUGAUUAUUUCGCGGAACAUCCAUUCGCGGGAUUUUCGCAGCAUCUUCCAUUCUCUUCCUGACAUAAACGUCAAUCGAACCAACGAUCUUUACGUCCGGCAUCCGGCAUCCUACAAACCUCUGCUUCAACGGAGAGAAAUUCAAUCCGCUCACAAUGGAAAUAAUCAUAGAGGGGCACCCUUCAUAGAGGGGCACCCACUCAUCUCAAAAGUGGUGGUUGUUAACCAAUCCCGAUUUCAGGCUGGUCUACUGUCCAAGCCAUUCAAGAAAUCCCGAAAGGCACAAUCCAGCGACGUUCCAUGCUUCAAGCCUACGAGAAGGAGAUCAAUGCGAUUUAUGAGACUGCCCUUGAAGAAUCCGGAGCACUUUCUCCCAGAGACUCUAGAUCAAGCGAGCAUCACAGAACAUUCUCAUCAGACCAUCACCUGCAUCGUCGAGCAGCCUCGCAUUCCCAUUAAUCAAGACCUAUAUAGCAUUGGGUUGGACUCUCUGAUAACCAUCCAAGUCCCCAGAGUGUUAGAGCGAGGUAUCCAUCUGCGCCGACCUGAGAUAAAACCAGGUAUUAUUACCCCCUCCGGCCAUUUACGAAUUGCGCAUCUGAUAUUACUUGCAACUGCAAUAUAUAUUCUCUCAAGUUGGACCGAAUUCGCCCUUGAUCGUGAUACUGACCCGCGCUACUGGCUGGCACCCCUGGAAACAUUCCUAAUGCACAGCCUGCUCAGCAUUCCCUCAAUUUGA